AUGUCUACUUCGAUCAACGAACCAGUUUCCGUUGUUGUCGUCGGAGCAGGCGUUAUUGGUCUGACAAUUGCGCACAUAUUGACAGAAGGAACCAGCGCUCAACAAUACAGGGUGACCGUUGUGGCAAGAGACAUGCCAGAAGAUCUUGACAGCCAGGCCUUCGCGAGUCCAUGGGCGGGUGCAAAUUGGUCUCCGAUGCAGUAUGAUGAGCGAUUGCACCGCUGGGAGAAGCGAACCUUCGACAAGUUGUGGGACAUGAUACCUACUGGCCUUGUCCGGAGGCUGCCGUCCAAGGUGUAUUUUGAACAAGAAGACGCCGAAAGUCAAGCAUGGUGGAAAGAUAUUGUACGAGAUUUCCAUCUCAUAACGCCUGAGGCAUAUUUACCAUCGAACGUCAAGAGUGGAGUUGGAUUCCAUACUGUCUCAAUCAACCCUGGAAUCUAUCUUCUAUGGCUCAAGUCUGAGUUAGCAUCUCGCGGUGUGAAGUUUGUGAGGCGUCGGCUAGUGACUCUCUAUGAAGCAGGGACGCUAGCUGGCGAUAAAGGAGUGGUCGUCAAUGCCACUGGACUUGGUGCACGUUCAUUGAUAGGCGUGGAGGAUGUUAAAAUGUAUCCGAUUCGCGGCCAAACUAUCGUAGUGUUUGCACCAGAGGUCGACCAUUUCGUCACUUUGAUACCUAAUCCGCCAAGGGGCAGCGAGGCGAUCUAUCUCAUUCCUCGACCCUCUCCACAUGGUAUGGUCCUCAUAGGCGGUACCUUUCAGACCAAUGAUUGGGAUACCUCGAUUGAUAUGCCUACUGCGGAGCGCAUGUUUUCGCGUGCGAAAAAAUUCUUCCCUGCCCUGAAUCAUCCACAGACCCGCGUCCUCAGCCACAACGUUGGCUUAAGGCCGGCCCGUGAAGGUGGCCCACGGCUAGAGGCACAAAGGAUGAAUAUGCCCGCGAAGGGAGGCCUGAUUCCAACCUCAACGGAUGCUGCGGUCAACGCUCUGGUCAUCCACGCAUACGGGUUUGGGCCGGCAGGGUACCAGCAAUCGUGGGGAGCAGCGGAGGAGGCUGUCGAAUUAUUAAAAGCAGGCCUCGGGAAAUCAUGA